AUGCUGCAGAUUGGGCGGAGUUAUACCAGCCCCACUGGGCCCCCCAGAGGAGAUGUCCCUUUGGACAAAGCAAGGGCAAGGAAAACAGCAAACACCAUGAUGGGUGAGCUAAAGCAAGGCAACCUGGAGACCACACAAGGUAAGACAUCUCCAAUCAACCUUGCAGAUCAUCAGGGGGGAAAAGUAGAGAGUCAGCCUAGAUUUUACUUGUAUCUAUAUACCAGAAGGUGGCUUGAGCAGCCCAGGCUAACAAGCUGUUCACCUGGAUGGAAGUGUUAUUUGCUCUUAAUGAGUAGUUAGUUGUAAUAGUGCAUUAGAUCCAGGUAUUGCAAGGUUUUGCAUUUGGCUGGGGUAGACCCAAUGUCUGUUCUCUUCCGAGGGCUAGUACACAAACAGUGUGGCCACAGGUUUUCCACACCUGAACUACAUACAGCAACCCAGCAACUACAUACAGCUUUAAAGCUCCAGGCCCUCAAUUUAGCAUGCUCCCUGAGAUGUUCUAGACAGAGGGAAGCAUGCAUUUACAGGCUGUUUCUGUUUCAUUUCAUUUUUUUUAUUAUGCAUGUUUUAUUUGCACAAUAGGGUUACAAUGUACUGUACUAAAGAAAGCAAGACUUUCAGCAAUUCAUUUUUUUUAAAUAAAAUAUUUAUUGAAAUUUUACGAUAAACAUAGAUUUAAAGAAUUAAAAAAAAAAUUAAACCAGAAAUUACACAUAGAGAGAAAAAAAAACAAAAGCUAACAAGAAAAAUACCAAAAAAGAGACCUAAAAGGAGGAAAAAAAGGAAAAAAAGGAUGAUACAAAAUACAAAAAAAAUAGCUAAAAAAAUAGAGAAAAAAAAGAAAAAAUAUUUUAAAGAAGAAAAAGUCCAUUUUUCAAUGUCUUUAGGCUCAUUUACUUAUUUCCUUGACCUCCUCACACCUCCCCUUUUUGUAUUCCCGUUUACAAAAUCCUUUCAGCAAAUCCUUACCCUCUUUCAUUUAUCUUUACUCUGUAUCUUAACCUAUUAUAACUAUAUAUUUUCAUCCAUAUAACUAUCAAUAUUUACAUAUUCUUAUUAACCUUAUUACCAAAACCACUUAUUUUCAGUCCAACAUCAUUUUAACAUUCAUUAAUUUUACAGUAUUUCUGCAAAUAGUCUUUAAACUUCUUCCAAUCUUCUUCCACCGACUCUUCUCCCUGGUCUCGGAUUCUGCCAGUCAUUUCCGCCAAUUCCAUAUAGUCCAUCACCUUCAUCUGCCAUUCUUCCAGAGUGGGUAAAUCUUGUGUCUUCCAAUACUUUGCAAUAAGUAUUCUUGCUGCUGUUGUAGCAUACAUAAAAAAAGUUCUAUCCUUCUUUGGCACCAAUUGGCCGACUAUACCCAAGAGGAAGGCCUCUGGUUUCUUCAGGAAGGUAAAUUUAAAUACCUUUUUCAUUUCAUUAUAGAUCAUCUCCCAGAACGCCUUGAUCUUUGGGCACGUCCACCAAAGGUGAAAGAAUGUACCUUCAGUUUCUUUACAUUUCCAACAUUUAUUAUUGGGCAAAUGAUAGAUUUUUGCAAGCUUGACUGGUGUCAUGUACCACCUAUAAAUCAUUUUCAUAAUAUUCUCUUUUAGGGCAUUACAUGCCGUAAAUUUUAUACCUGUGGUGCACAACUGUUCCCAGUCAGCAAACAUGAUGUUAUGUCCAACGUCCUGUGCCCAUUUAAUCAUAGCAGAUUUAACCGUCUCGUCCUGAGUGUUCCAUUUUAACAGCAAGUCAUACAUUCUUGAAAGUAUCUUUGUUUUAGGAUCUAACAGUUCUGUUUCCAACUUUGAUUUUUCCACCUGGAAGCCAAUUUUUUUGUCUAAAUUAUAAGCCUCUCUUAUUUGAUAAUAGUGAAGCCAGUCUCGCACUUUAUCUUUUAGUUUCUCAAAACUCUGCAGUUUCAAUUUGUCUCCUUCCUGCUCCAAAAUUUCCCAAUAUUUCGGCCACUUGGCCUCCAUAUUGAGCUUUUUCAGGGAAGACUUUCAGCAAUUCAGCUUGUGUAUGCAUUUAUCAGUUUAAAAUGCUAGUCGUUCUUUUUCUUAAUUCAGAUUGAAGCUGGUUUGGAGGAAAUGAAUCAAAUAGCAGCAUUUCCCAAGAAAUGACAGUGUGUACACAGCUUCAGUCUAACCAGGCCCUUAUUUCUGGAUAGAGGCAAGGCAUGUAGAUAUGGCACAAGCAGGAAGCUUUCUGUUGUAUAAGCUAGCUUUACUAACAUAGUUUAAAAAGCAAAUCCUAACUACAGAACAGCACAAGCUGCAGAACAUAAUGUUAUCUGAGAUAUAUUUAUUUAUCCAUGUGCUGUUAAAAGACAACAACACCUCCUAAAAACACUUAACCAUAAGUUUCAGUUACUGAUGAAGCCACAAUUUUUCAGCAAUUGAAAACAUUCCCUCCAACUACUCUUAGGUCAUCGUUAACUAACUCUUUUUAGCAAUUGCACAGUAUUUCCCCCAGGGGGACUCAACUUCAACAGCAGAGCUAAAGAACUUGCCCACAGCACACAUUUAAUUUCAGAGGUUUUCAUCUAAUGCAGGAGUUUUAGGCACACCUCGGGUCUGUAGACAACUAUAAUGACCUUCCCUGGCACAGUUUAGCCUCUCCAGUAGGUUCUUUUAUCUCUUGAUCCAUUUUCUCCAACAUGUUUUGUUUACCUUGCCUUUUGUAUAUGAUUUCCUUUGCCAUGUAACUUCUCUGUUCCCAGGACUUUCCAUAUGGCUUAUCCCAGUGAUACGUAAGGACAGCCCCCACUCUCCCACCACAGAUGCAAGCCUUUUUUCUUCAUUUCUUUCUCGCUCUCAGUUCUUUGGUUUCUAUAUUCUGACCUGCUCCCCGCUUUCCAAGUGAUAAGAACAGGGCCAGUCCCAUUAUAAUGCAAAGUAGAUCUAGCCAAUUAGAGAAAGAGAAUGUGACAUACUCCUUGGUUCAUUUUAAGGUGUGUCUGUGUGUGUCUUCCCUGGUGAAAAUGUCAUUGCUGCCCCACAGAAUGAAGCUCAGAAAUCCAGGAUGAUAACGUAACUGCAUUUAUGAAUUUUCUAACUCCAGCUUGUUUGUUUGCUUUAAAUUUGUAUACCACCCAUAAGCACUGACUUAUGUGGAACACUGGGUGCCCAGGUACCUACAAUUUUUUAAUGAAGGCCUCCCCCCUCAAGGUUCCACUCCACGGAGUGAGCAUACCACAGGGCCUGUGCAUGUGACAUUGGCACGCCCCCGUUACGUGUGUGAGUGAUGUCAGCAUGCUGCGGGUCAUGCUGAUGUCUUGUGCUCUUGCUGCAGGGUGUGCCAACACUACAUAGGCACACUGUGAUGAUAUCAGCAUGCCCCAGGCACUCACUGUCGUGGGGCCAAAGUGGCGCGCCUGAUACCACCCUUCAUCCAAAGAUGUCAGAGCAGUUCACAGCAUAAAAUGCAUAUUUAAGACGUGAUUCUCCCCCUCCCUGAAACUUGUAAGAACGAAAGAGAAAACCUUCCCGAUGCAGAGGAAUCCAUCAUUAUUAUACCCAUACAGUGGUACCUCGGGUUACAGAUGCUUCAGGUUACAGACGCUUCAGGUUAGACUCUGCUAACCCAGAAAUAGUACCUCGGGUUAAGAACUUUGCUUCAGGAUGAGAACAGAAAUCGUGCUCCGCCGGCGCAGCAGUUGCAGGAGGCCCCAUUAGCUAAAGUGGUACCUCAGGUUAAAAACAGUUUCAGGUUAAGAACAGACCUCCAGAACAAAUUAAGUUCUUAACCUGAGGUACCACUGUAUUGCUGGGUGUGGGGAGGUUGAGAGGAUAUGGUUUGUAUCAGUCCUGCACCCAGUGUUGCUUUACCCACUUUACUGGAGGGACGGCGAAGUUAAGAGUGUUGUAUGACAACCCCGCUGUUGUUAUUCUGGUUUGUUGCUGCUGUUGUUAAAGGGAAAUGCAGGAUGGACUGUGAAAUUGGUUGUAGCAGCUGAGAAAUUAAUUAAAGGUACAGGGGUGAAGGGAGCUAGAGGGAAAAGUUUCAGUUGUGGGUGGAAGGGUGUUAUCUAGAUGCCAGACAUAGACAGAAGAUCUAGCCAUUUAGAGAGAGAGAUGGCCGUAGACAUGGUGCAUAAGUUUCUUAGAGGCCAGGCCUAUCCAGCUUCAAUGACUAUUUGUCACCAGAUCUAUCAGAAAUGGUAGACAUGUUCUUUGAUGUUAGUUCUGUAUGCAUGUAUACACCCCCCUCCACCUAAAAUAUUCCUGCAGACACCAGUGAACUGGAGUGUGUCACUUUCCCAGACCCUGAAGGAUAUUACAUACCCAGGCUAGAAAUAAAAAGCCAGGGAUUAAAUACAUUAACAUUACUUUGUUAAGUGCCUGAGACCCAUCAUGUGGGGAAACCAUAGCUACAGACUCUGUAACUGCAAUCAGGGCUCCAAACUAACACCACCCUUUUCAGCUCUGAGGAGAGCAACAACUUCCAGAUGGUUUUUUGCAUUUGAUUGUCACUCGCUACUCUCCCCCCCCCCCUUCUUUCCCCAAGCAAUGAGCCAUUGCAGCUGACACCCGUGUUUCUGUUCUGGCAUUUCUAUUUCUGUAGCAUCUCUGCAGUACAAAUUAAUAAUAUAACAAUGCUAUAAAUUGUUAGGCGACAGGUGUUAACUGAAUGCUAAGCAUUAGCACAGUUUAACUUGCAGUCAUUAUGAAGGAUUCUGGGAAAACAGUUCUGGACCUUAUCAACUCCAAACCUACAACAGCAAGUGUGCACUGAACUGUUAUCUCUCCCACCUGCAGUACCAUGCAAAAUCACAGUGAUAUCACUCCCAGUAUAUUUCAGCUUUAACUAUUCAGCCUCUAAAGUGCUUUGGGAAUUACUCUUGCCAAUGUAUCUUCUAAACCUAAUGCAGGGGUGAAUAGCAUUAGGACCUGGGCAGCCAUUCUUGGAGGCACGCUAUUCGGAACAGAUUUUGGUAAAAACAUGCAAGUUCUUACUCUAUCAUGUCAUCAGAGAUGUCAACAGAAUUUCCUGUAAACAGUAUACAGUAGUAUACAGUAGUAUAGGGAUUACGGUCCCUGCAUCCCAACCCCCAAUCUAUUGACAAGAACUGCUGCUUAGGCAGAUAGAUUAAUGUAACCUAGCCUAAUAUGGAGGGCCGUUGCAAAUGUAAAAUGGGGAGGGGAGGAAAACAUACACAAUCUUGUGCUCUUGGGUGUAGAAAAGCAAAAUGCAAAUAUAUGCUACACAACACAUAGUUAUCUGAAGAAGUGUGCAUACACACGAAAGCUUAUACCCAGAACAAACUUAGUUGGUCUCUAAGGUAUACGAAGAAGUGUGCAUGCACACAAAAGCUUAUACCGUGGUACCUCGGGUUACAGACGCUUCAGGUUACAGACUCUGCUAACCCAGAAAUAGUACCUCUGGUUAAGAACUUUGCUUCAGGAUGAGAACAGGAAUUGCACGGUGGUGGCAUGGUGGCAGCAGGAGGCCCCAUUAGCUAAAGUGGUACCUCAGGUUAAGAACAGUUUCAGGUUAAGAACAGACCUCCAGAAUGAACUAAGUUCUUAACCUGAGGUACCACUGUACCCAGAACAAAUUUAGUUGGUCUCUAAGGUGCUACUGGACAUUUUUUUAAAAAAAAUUAUUUUAACUGCAUCUGACCAACACGGCUACGUACCUGAAUCUAGAAGCACAUGGUUAAAUUAUGGAAUAAACACCCAUGGGAAGCAGUAUUGGGAUGUAGAUGGUCAUCAACUUAGAUGGAAAUAAAAAGAGGAUUAGAUAAAUUGAUGGAACAUAAAGCUACUAGCCACAGUGACCAGGGUAUGCUUUCAUUGUAUGCUUCUGAAUACUAGUUACUUGAAACCAUAGGAGGGGAGAGUGUUGCUGCAUUUAGGUCUUGUGUUUACCUUCCCACAGGCAUCUGGGUGGCCACUGUAAAAACAGGAUGCUGGACUAGAUGGGCCAUUGGCCUGAACUGGCAGGGCUCUUAUGUUCUUACAUCAUUGCAUUCACACACAUCACAUAAAUACUGCAACUAAAAUAAAAGUAGCCUCCUUGCUCUAACUGCAAUGUUUCACAAUCCAGAUAUUUACAGCAAGAUACCCAGGCAAACAAAAAGUUUGACAACCCUGAUAGCUAACAGACACAGAAAGCUGUAUACAUUAUUUAACAAUACAUUGCAUGGGGCAUUCCAACCUAAAUUUUAUUUUAUUACUUAUGUUUUAGCAGAUCAGGAAGCAGGAUCAAUUAAGUAUUAAACACACUGUGAUUAAUGUGACCUAUAUUCACCAUGAUUUCUAACGUUUCACCGGUUUUACGUUCUGUCUUCUAUUCUAGAAAGCCCUAAACUCCAUCAUGGGGAGAAUCAGCAAAGUAACCCAUCUGUUUAUUUUAUGGCUGUCAUCUGCAGCUGCAGGCAUGACAUCUCUUUUCUCCUGAGGAGGCCUUCCCAGGAAGUGGGUAUUAAUUGCCUGCCUGCCUGCCUGUCCCCACCUCUCUCUCAUUUAAAUGAUAAUCUACCUUGUUACUUGAAGAAGAUGCAGUUGCCUGGCUCAGAUUGCAUGAUAUUAUUCACGCCUUGAUUGGCUUUUCACAAGCCUGCCUCUGGAACACUGAACGGCCCAUAUCAUCAAGCAGGUGGUUGCCCUUUUGCCCAUGCCAACAAUUUCACAUUAGGAGAUUCUGAUUUCAGAUCUAAAUGGAGUUGAAGCUUUCUGAAGGAAGCCUGUGGAAUACUUCCUAGCUUCCUGAACUCCCUACUCCCUCAGAGAAUAUGUGCUUGGGUGAUUUUAGGCUCCAAAUACAGUCUGGGAAAAUGCACUUUGAAAAUCCUGUUGCUAUGCAAAUACCGUAUUUUUCUCUCUAUAAGACGCACAAGACCACAAGAUGCACCUAGUUUUUGGAGGAGGAAAACAAGAAAAAAAAUAUUCUGAAUCUCAGAAGCCAGAACAGCAAGAGGGAUCACUGCACUACAUUCGCUCCAUAAGACGCACACACAUUUCCCCUUACUUUUUACGAGGGAAAAAGUGAGUCUUAUAGAGCAAAAAAUACGGUAGUUCCUUUUGCCUUUUCGUACCACUUUAAGAUAAAGUGUGGUUUAUAAAUCAGUUUUAGAAUACCAUUUAUUCAUUCUAACAAUGCCUAAUGAUUUUGAUUUCCUAACCAACAAGCCUAUGUUUAUAUGUUGCAUAAUGUGUAUAUGGAUCUACAUUCUCUGUGCCAGGGAUUGGAAACCCCUUUUCAGCCCAAGGGCCACAUUACCUUCUGGGGGCCGCGUGCCAUUGCUGAGCAAGGCCAGAGGCAAACAUGGGUGGGGCAAUGAAUGGAAGUUUUACCCUUGGACAGUAGGCUAGUUUCUACACACACUCUCACACCCUUUAUCUCUGCUCCACCCAAGGAAGUAAAGAGUUAAAAGACACGUUCCAGCCUGGCAAAAACACUCAAGGAGGGUGGGAAGCAAGGCUAAUGGUGGGUAUGGCUUUGAGAGAGUCCCAAGGAUCAGACAGAGAGACUUGAAGGGCCACAUUCAGCCCGCCAGGCCUGAGGUCCACCACCCUUGCUCUAUGCUUAAAGGUAAAGGUAAAGGGACCCCUGACCAUUAAGUCCAGUCAUGACCGACUCUGGGGUUGCGGCGCUCAUCUGGCUUUAUUGGCCGAGGGAGCCGGCGUACAGCUUCCGGGUCAUGUGGCCAGCAUGACUAAGCCGCUUCUGGCGAACCAGAGCAGCACACGGAAACGCCGUUUACCUUCCCGCCACAGCGGUACCUAUUUAUCUACUUGCACUCUGACGUGCUUUCGAACUGUUAGGUUGGCAGGAGCUGGAACAGAGCAAUGGGAGCUCACCCUGCCGCGGCGAUUCGAACCGCCGACCUUCUGAUCGGCAAGCCCUAGGCUCUGUGGUUUAACCCACAGCGCCACCCACGUCCCUAUGUUCUAUGCUUACUCACAUUUAAAUGUUUUGUUGUUCUACCUUUAUAACUAAUGAUGAGCAAAUAGCUUUGAUUUACAUGAGAGAUGGAAGCAUCCCCAAAUACCUAGAAGACUAAAUUAAAGCCUGUGAGGUGACAAGUGAUAACUAUGACCGGUGCUUGUGUUUAAAUUUUAAGUGGGAAUUGUCUGUGGUUGCAACUCCCAAGAGACCGGAUAAAAUCCCAGUGCUUUUCACCCAUGGUUGUCAGGAACAGUUUAAGCAAUCUGCCCAAUGGUGAGAUGUGAAUCAUGCUGAACCAUGGUGCUUUUGCUCCACAGAGACCACCGAUCUAUCUAAGGCCUCCUUGCAAAUCCCUUCGGUGGUUGCGAUGGACAUGGACGCAGCCUCCUGCUUAUGCUGUAGCGAAUUUGUGGACCAGAACAAGAUGCCCAAGCUGAACGAGCAGCAGGACAGUCAGGAGCACCUGUUUGGCAAGUCUAUGAAGGAGCUCAAAAAACUGGGGAGGGAAGGGCGCUGGGCAGGAAGUCACGCUCUGAGGGCGCAGGCUUAUCAGCAUGUGAUCCAGCACAUACCGUGCAGGCUCAUGACCCCUGACGCUGAAGUCUACAGAGAUGUUGCCAGCAAGCUGUUUGAAGCCCCGAACGAGAGCUUUGACCCAUUACCUGAAUUCCUGGAAGGAAGCAUCAUGCCCGAAUACUGCCUCUCUGAAGAAGGGGUAACUGCAGUGAAAAGGAUACUCAUCUGCAUUUCCAGCCUAUACCCCGACAUCACCUACUGCCCCCUGCUUCCCGCUGUGACUGCCCUGAUGCUCCAUUACAGCCAAGGCGAGGGCCAGUGCUUUGAGGACACUUGCCGGCUCCUCUACUGCAAUGCUCCCCACACCACCUACAUUGACCACUCCUUCCUCACCCACGAGGCUUCGUGCAUGACCUUUGGGGACCUGGCCAACAAACACUGCCCAGCUGCCCACCGCCUGAUAGCGAGCUCAUCGGACAACAUCUUUGAGGUGUAUUCCGACUGGCUGGUCUGGCUUUUCGAUGGCCUCCCAUUCGAUUAUGUCAUCCGCAUUUUUGACGUGUACCUUCUGGAGGGACAGAAAGUCCUCUACCGGAUCGCGCUGGCCCUGCUCAAGCAGUUCCAGCUGUCCGUGGCUUCGCAAGGCUUGGAGGUGGUGGAUAUCAAAGGGAGCUUGUGGCGUUUCAUGCAGGGCAUUCGUGAGAACAUGACCACCGACAAGCUUCUGGAAAAGGCGUUCAGCAUCCGGCUUUUCUCCCGCAAAGAAAUCUGGCUCCUUCAAAUGGCUAACAGGAAGGCAUUAGUGGAGAAAGGAGUGACCGCAGUGCAGCACAGGUACAAAAGGCCAUGAGGUAUCAUCCAGUUAGAUCAGUCAGUAGAACAUGAGACUCUUAAUCUCAAGGUUGUGGGUUCAAAAGAUUCCUGCAUUGCAGGGGGUUGGACUAGAGGACCCUCAUGGUCCCUUCCAACUCUGCUUUAGAUAUUGCACAUUCUCUUUUGAGAAGCACUUCACCAAACACUACGGCUAAGUCAAUUACAGAGCACUACACAGUACAGCUACAGAUGACCAGAGACAUUCAAUCUCCAUAGGAUAAUCUCAUACAGAUUUUUUUCCUGCUAGCACUGUGGUCCCCACUUUAAACAGUCCUGACCUGCGACUAAAGAAUUCUGGGAGCUGUAGUUUGUUAAAGGUGCUGAAAGUUGAUAGCAGCCCCCUAUUCCCUUCCUAGAAUUACAAUUUGCAGAGUUCCCUGGGGAUUGAUUGUUAAACCACUCUGGAAAUAGUAGCUCUGGGAGAGGAACAGGACUCUCCCAACAACUCUCAGCACCUUUAACUAAUUACAGCUCACAUAAUCCUUUGGGGGGGGAAUCAUGACUGAUAGUGCUGCAAAUGUAUGGUGUGAUUGUGGCCUCAGUGUGGAAGCACAAAAAGGACCAGGAUUGUCCCAAGUGACAAAGGGGUUUAGGAAGCACAAAGGCACAUGGCAUUGGUAAAUUGAUAUUUCUGAAUCAGCUGCUUUAGAAUUAAUCUAUAUCACAUUGCCAAUUAUUGCAUUCGUUCUCUCCAACGGUAGGAAAAAGUAAUUGCCUUGACUAAUUUUGGAUCUCAUUCUUUGGAACUGACACAACAGUCUGUUAUGUCUACUACCAUUGGACAUAACAUAUGAAGAGCUGGCUGUGUGUUUGGUUAGCAGUAUCUUUGGAAGAAAAAUCUUUGUCCUCAGGAUUGGGAUCUAUGGAGCUAUUUACAGUACAGGAUUAAUUAUUUUCCCCUUCUCUCCUCUGCUGUACAGGCAACCAUUUCACCUCACAGUGAAUGCCCACAAUUUCUCUUCCACCAUUGUUACUGCUCAGGAAAUGCGUGUUGUCUGGUCCUGGAUCCCUGAACGAUUUUCUUUGUUCUCACCUGUCCGCAUAUUCUCAACUUCAGAAAAUGGAUACAGCUUGCAGAGGUAAGUUUGCACAGUGAGUUUCAAACCAUCAGAAUUCUCAACAGGAUAAAGAAAAUGAACAGAAAGGUUAAAACAUUUGGGGCUUUUUAGUUUAGUUAUAAGGCAAGUAAUGGGAGACAUGAUGUGGUUUUAUAAAAUUAUGCAUGGUGAGAAGAAAAGCUUUUUUUCAUCUCUCAUAAUACUAGAACCUGGGGCCAUCCAGUGAAGCUGAAUGUGGGAAGUUUCAAGAAGCAUAAAAGGAAAUACUUCUUCACAUAGUACAUAGCUAAACCAGUGGAGAGAGAUUUUUCUCCCUCUUCCAUAGAAGACUUGGGACUAUCCAGUGAAGACUCAGGGCAAUCCUUUGCACAGUGCAUAGCUAACCUAUGGAAUGACCACUAAUUUGGAUGGCUUUAGAAGGAAAAGAGAAAAAAUUCAUGGAUAUGGGUAUCAAUGGUUACAAGCCACAACAGGGCUAGUUCAUUCAGUGAGGCUUGGGGAAUAAUUCAAGGUUGUGGAGGAAAUGAGGUAAUAUCCUGUGAAGUGUGUUAGUUUGCCUUGGAAUGGUGCGUUGCUUUUGGGUUUAUUAUGUAUUUUGUGUUCUCACUUUGUAUUUUUAUGUUGUGAACCACCCUGUGACCUUCAGAUAAACGGAGCAGUGCCAGAUUUAUGUAUAAGCUAAACAAGCUAUAGCUUAGGGCCCCACUCUCUUGGGGGCCCCCAAAAAUGUAAAGGGAAAAAAACCUGGAUGUACAUUUCCAAAAUAUAAGAUAAAAAACAAAUAAAAUAAAACCUACAUACAGCAACAGUGUUUUGUGUUGUGUAGGCUCCUAUGAUGUGUAAGUAAUGGGCCCCGCCUGCUAGCCUGCUCCCUAAAAUAUUCAACACAAAAAAACAGUGGCAAUUUGUUGUUGACAAAGGACAGUUGGACAUAUAAAGGGCCCCAUUACCUUCAGUAGCUUAAAAGGUAAAGGAAUCCCUGACUGUUAGGUCCAGUCGCAGACGACUCUGAGGUUGUGGCGCGGUGCUCAUCUCGCUUUACUGGCCGAGGGAGCCGGCGUACAGCUUCCAGGUCAUGUGGCCAGCAUGACUAAGCCGCUUCUGGUGAACCAGAGCAGCGCACGGAAACGCCAUUUACCUUCCCGCCAGAGCGGUACCUAUUUAUCUGCUUGCACUUUGACGUGGUUUCGAACUGCUAGGUUGGCAGGAGCAGGGACCGAGCAAUCUCAUCCCGUCACGGGGAUUCAAACCACCGACCUUCUGAUCGGCAAGCCCUAGACUCUGUGGUUCAACCCACAGUGCCACCUGCAUCCCUUCAGUAGCUUAGGGUCUCAUCAAACCUAAAUCUGGCCCUGGAAAGAAGGCACACAAAUUUAAUAAAUAACAACAACAACAAGAAGUUAUCUGUUGGAGGCAGUAUGCCUCUGAAUGCCAGUUUCUGGGAAUCACAAGUGUGAAGACUGCUGUUGCACUCAGCUUUUGCUUGUGAGCUUCCCAGAAGCAACUAGUUGGCUGCUGUGAGAACAGGAUGCUGGACUGUUGCUUAUUAUUCAGGGCAUUUAUCUAGGCUUAAGAAUUAAUGUGAGAAUGUGCCCCAAUGAAUUUUUUUUUAUUUUUUUUGCACAGAAAUUGCCAUAGGGAUAAUGUUUGUUUAAAACAUUUCUUCAGCCAAAAGGGCUCCCAAGGUAGCUGACAUGAGAUCGAUAAUAGUGUGUGCUCUCAGACUAGCAUGAUACAACAUGAUAAAAAGGGAAUAAGAAAACUCCAGGAGCAGUUUUUAAAGUUUGUAUAAGGAUCAGUUGGGGUGGAAACAGUUGAAGAAGAGAAGGAGCAAAAUGGAGCUGAUCUCUCUGGAGUGGCCCUGCUUCCCUUCUCUUCCUCUGCUGCAGGCUGAUGGAAAGGAAGUGUUCCUAUGCUUCUGACCAAUAACAUUUACCGUAUUUUUUGCUCUAUAAGACGCACCAGACUACAAGACGCACCUAGUUUUUGGAGGAGGAAAAGAAGAAAAAAAAUAUUUUGAAUCUCAGAAGCCAGAACAGCAUGAGGGAUCGCUAUGCAAUGAAAGCAGCAAUCCCUUUUGCUGUUCUGGCUUCAGGGAUAGCUGUGCAGCCUGCAUUCGCUCCAUAAGACACAACACACAAAUAAGCGAGGGGAAAGAGUGCUUAAAUUUGUUCCAUGGAUCAUUUGGAGGCUGCUGCCCCCCCCCCCCCCCCCCGCUGUUUUGAAAAUGUGCAUGCAGAAGUGGCUAUAGGGAUGCAGCCUGCUAAUGUCAGAAGGGUUAACCAUGAAUUUGUGAUGACUACCUUGGAAAGUUCCCAGGACUCACUUUGCAGGCCAUGCAUCUCAUACUAGCACCUGGCCAUUCUGUCAUUACAAAGAGAUAGGCCUAGAGCUAUUUUCUAUUGACAUUUCCAAAAUAAAAGAACGUAAAUAUUGAAGUCUGGCCAGGUACACUGGGACACAUGUAACAACAGCAAAUCUCGUUAGAAAACAGCCCAGAUGGUCUGCUUGGUAGAAGUGUGAAAGUGCCCCCUGCCCUCUCAGAAGAUAUCUGAUCAGUGUCACAGUCCUGGGGCAAAUAAUAGUUAAGACACACCCAUAUCCAAAGAAAUAUACUUUCACAAUCACAAUUAAGCUGCCUGAUUUCAGACCUAGGAAUCGUAUGUCAAGAUCCUGCAUGUACCCCUGAGAUUAUGUUGUGCUUAAAAUUUUAUCUGAGCAAUUACCUGCACCACCGAGCAAAAAUUCUGGCUUCAAACUCCACAUAGCAUGCCAGCCUUGCCUGUUAUUACACAUCCCUAAACAAUACUGAAAAUGAGCGGAGGAGUGUUUUUGCCACCUCUCCUUUAUGAGUUUGCAAAGGCUGCCUGUUUAACACAGCAGUGGUAAGCACAAGGAGAUUGAUGACUGUCACUACGUACUGCUAUUCCUCCAGGUAUUUAAACUAGUAACGUCCAGACCUAUCAAAAGAGAUGCACAGACAGAUUUCUCUGUGAUGCAUGAAAACACCAAAGGGGUGAAGUUACGUCCAACUUCUGCAGAGACCUUGCAGUAUCAGUGUUGCAACUCAGAGCCAUCCCAUCUCCUCCCUGCGUUACUUCUUCUUGCACCAGCAGGGGACUUAAUCCAGAAAAUCCUCCCCCAAACCCAGGCAGGAGGACGCAAAGCAUCAUGGGGUCCAGCCCAAGAAGAAACAGAAGAGCAUAGAGUGCAACAGGCAGUUUGGGUGGAUUACAUGAGCCUUUGGCCUGAUCCAGCAGGACUCUUGUUCUUAAUGUGGAAAGCAUGCAGUGGAUCUGGAUGAAUAUGCAGGAAGCCAGUUUAGCUUUCACCUUGAUGCUUUCAUUGCCCCAGGCUUCCUAGUAAUGCACUAAAGUAGAAUGUACUGUGCUGACAGGUCACAGUCCAUUCGACUUCCACCUCAGUGCUAUAAUGGGAUUGCUUUCCUUGACAUUAGCUCAUCCUUCUUCCAUCUUUGUUUCUUGCAGGUUUUAUUCCUGCUGUGAAGGCUACGAACCAACGGUACUGCUGUUAAAAACCACACUGGGGGAAGUAAGUAUCUUCUGAGCAUCCGAGAGACCUGCGGGUCGGGCCUUUCUUCUAUGGGUCUAGGCUGAAAACGCAAAUAACAAAUGUCAGAAACCAUCGGCAGAGUACUCUGUACAUGCUGCCUGGACUAGCAACAAGUUCCAAAGUUCUCUGCUGAAGGAUGCUCGCUGAAUAGUGAACACAAGCAUUUGUUCGUUCAUAUCUGUAACUCACUCUAAUGCUUGCCAAAUCGGGAAGAGUGGGGAUGGUGGAGGCAAAUUGAGAUCUGGGUCAGAAUGGUUAGUAAGGCUAUAAAGAGCAUCUGUUUUGAGACACGGGACAGUACAGGUUUCCUUACCCCCAGGUGAAAGGGAUGCUUCCAAACAGUACUGUUCUUUCAGAAUUGAUAGAAGGCACUAUUACGUUUCUUGGGUCACUCUUAAAGACAGCAAUACUGGGCAGGCAAAGCUAUUUUGUCGUAACAAAUGAAUGAGUGUAUUUAUUCGUAACCGUACUACUUUGGAUGUCAGUUACAUGCCAGUUGCAUAUCUGUUUCACUCCUGAGAAAGGAAAAAGAACCACAACUGAGUUCUGUUCCACGAAGUUUUCAUACUCGAUAGGGAGCUGGAGCCAAGGACAACGCGUUGCUUUCCACUCACAAUCUUAAGUGUACACUUCAAAAUGUAACACAUGAAAUGGUCCAGGCUUUCCUUUAACUAGAUUAAAGUGACAUUGACACAUUGUGGGUGGUGCUUAUCUUCAUGGCUGGGUACCUGAAGGAACACUUGCUUCCACCUCAACCUGCUCAGGCCCCCCUCUCUGUCUAGGUCAGCCUUUCUCAACCUGUGGGUCCCCAGAUGUUGUUGAACUACAACUCCUAUCACCCCUAGCUAGCAAGGCCAGAGCUCAGGGAUGAUAGGAGUUGUAGUCCAACAACAUCUGGGGACCCACAGGUUGAGAACCACUGGUCUAGGUGAUCAGAGGUGAGUGAGGAGAGGCCUUUUCUGUUCUGGUGCUUUGCCUCUACAAUCUUCUCUCCAAGAAGGCUCAGCCUUCAGGACUUUUCUGGGGAAUUUUAUGGUGCUCUUUAAAGUUUUUAACUUUUUAAUGUUCUGGUUUCAUGCUGUUUAGCUUAAAACUUUUUAAAAGAAGGCUUGAAUUAUAGCGUGUAAUUCAUGUUUCUUUGAUUUGUUAGACACCCCAGAUCUGCAUGUCAUUGAAGGGAAGACAAAUUUUAAAAUUUAGUUUAAUUAACAGCGAGAGAUCACAAAUUACAAACCUUAAGCUCUCUGUCAAUCCAAAGUCCCUAUCCUAAUAUUUGCUCCAGUUUUAUCUCCUUAUUAUGCUGUCAUAAAAUGGCUAAAAGACUGUGAUAGUAUCUCAUUUUGUGACACUACUCUAUUUGGUACAUAGCCAUAUCCAAUUAUGGCUGUGCUGCUCCAAUUAAAGCGUUCGAAGGGAGUGACCCUAUCAAUCUUCUGUGAUAAAAUAUAGAUAUUUGGCUCCUCAGCUUUUUCUGAGAUCCUCUAGGAAUGACAAAUGACAGAAUUCAUUGCUUCUUGCCUCUUCCUUCCAUACAGGUGUGUGGAGCAUUUCUGUCCUCCGACUGGAGCGAAAGGAAAAAAAGUGGGGGGGCAUCAAGUUUCUUUGGCACAGGAGAAUGCUUUGUUUUCACAGUGAGUCUAAAAUUUAUUCCCGCAAUGGAGAUUGGGUUGAUUUUACAAUUUUUAAAGUCCUUUUAUUCAUUGGCCUUCAACUGGUAGGUCACAGCCUGACCAAUACUGGAUCACAGUCCGAACUAAAGUGGGUCCCACCAGCAGCACCAACACCAUAUAAAUAAGCAGUAAAAAUUAAAUGUGGGCCUCAAAAUGCAUUUUCAGGCUUAAGUUGAAGCCCACUCUGCCUAUCCCAAAAUGUAGCUGUGAGUCUCAACACCCCUACUAGGUAAGGCGGCCAGCCGGCUGUAGAAGAGUUGCAAUUUCCUCUUCUGCGCCACCUUGUUCUGAAAGUGCAGCAUGGCAUGUGAACACAGUGAGCUUCCUGCAUGUACAGAAGUUGCCAGAGCAGCUUCACCAAGUAGUGAACCAACCAAUUCACUACUAGGAGUCUGGGUGUUGCAGCCAACUACAACCACUGCUUAAUAACUGUGACAUACUCUCCUUCAUUGGCAGAAUUUAAGCAGAGGCUGGAUGGCUAUCUAUGUCCUGGCUUCCCUUCUCAGACACAGUACAUGGACACUGGGCUUCAUUGCUACCAAAGGCUUCAUUCCACAGUUCACUGCAUGGCCUAAACAUAAAUCAGGGUGCAGGUUACACAGUUCAUAAGCAGAGUUCUAAGUUCAUGGCCAGGUGGUCUCAACCCCUGUCAUGCCUCCUUGGCUUUCUGUUUGAAGAAUAGGGCAGGCACAGCCAUUUGUGUGGAUCCAAGUAACACAACUGGGCAAGCAAGUAGGCACUCCUGUGUGCAGGCUGUGUCUGCUCACAGUAGCAUUCAUGUUGGUGUGUACUUGGGAGAUGGAGUCUGGUUCACUGCCUGGCCAAAAUUCAGGCACCUCCCUGGUUUCUGGGGAAUUGUCAUUAGCUGGAAGUGGGUUGGGGGCUGAGUCGGGCAGCUCCCCCUCUUCAGUUCAGAUAUCUGCCACUUUCAUGGUAGGAAUGUCUCCAAAAUAAUGACUCCGUCCUGUCCCCACCAGGUCCUGCUUGGCAUCUCCUAGACCACUUGGCCCCUUCCCAGGACCCAGCUCAACCAUCAUAUCUCAACACUCCUCCAACCAGCCCUGCCAAGAAAUCUCCUCAGGGCUCAUAACAACCUGAAGUUGCAACAUUCCACUUGCGUUAAUCUGGGGGUUGGUCUACUUCAGGGUUUCCCAAACUUGCUUCGUCAGCUAUUUUUGGACUACAACUCCUAUCUUCCCCAGCUAGCAGGACCAGUGGUCAGGGAUGACUGGGACUGUAGUCCAAAAUCAGCUGGAGACCCAAGUUUGGAAAACCCUGGUCUAGAUUAUCUUGAAGGUUCCCUCCAAGCCUGAAAUUCUAUGUGCACUAUGUUCAUAUUGAGUUUACCAGGAGCUCAGUUGGAACCAGUUCCCUCAAGGAGUCAUGCCCUGGGGCAGAGCUUUCCAAACUCUGUGUCGUGACACUUUAGUGUGUUGCCUCCAGUGUGUAGGUGUGCCGCAUGAAAACUCCCUGGGCACCUCCCAGGGCUGGAAAGGGGUUAGUUUGACCUCCAGUUUGCUAGUAAAACUAAAUUACUGUAUCAUGAAAUGAUACAUGUCAUAAAAGUGUGUCACCAACAGGAAAGGUUUGGAAAGCUCUGUCCUAGGGGAAGGGCCACAGCUCAGAGUAUCACAUCUGCUUAGCAUGCAAAUAGUGCCAAGUUCAAUCUCUGGCACCUCCAGGACUAGGAGAGACCGCUGCCUGAAACCCUGGGGAGCUCUUGCCAGUCAGAUGGGCUCAGGCAGCUUUCCUAUGUUCCCUCCUGUUCCUGUGCUGCCCUAGCAGAGCAACCGCAAUGGAAAAAUAUACUUGAUUUAUGUCCUUUUGCUUUGAAAGGUUCACCCAGAAAUGGAGCGAUACGAGUGGGUGUUCAUCAAGAAGCCGGAACAAGCUAAAGCUCUGCCUCGAUCCCCACGCCCGCGCUCUCCGUCUCCCUUCUCUUCCGAGGGUCACUCAACAACCAGCUCAAACCACCUCACUGUGCCAGUGCUGGACAUGAUUAAAUACCGCCUCUCUCCAUUCCUGGCAAUUCGACACUUCAAGCUGCCUUCCAAAACAGCCUCCAUGUUCAUGUCCGGAACUCAGAAAGAGAUCAUCAUAGGUAGCUAUGCUUCUACUAUGACACUAUAGCUGUCACAGAGACCGUAGUGCCACAGACAUUUCUGGUGCCCAGGACUGGCCCUAUCGUUAGAGUGGGGAAGCUGCCUCAAGCGGCAGUUGCUGGCAGGGAAGGGAGGCAGCAGUGGCAUGGUGUUGUUGGGGUAGAACUGAAUGUGCCAUGUGACCUGUCCUGCACAAACACCUAAACAUUGACCAUGCUGGUUGGGUCUGAUGGGAGUUGCAGUUUAGCAACAGAUCCCGCAUCCCUGCUGUUAGGGGUAAAGGAUAAACCAAAACAUUUCAUAGAGGAACUGAGUGAUGAGAAGCCUUGCACUGGUAUCAGGUACAGCUCUAUGUAAGGCAGCACAAAUAAUAUCAACUUGACAGCCUACCAGUGAUGGUUCAAUGAGGCCUGACUGCUUGCAUGCAGCAUGCAGCAAUAUACACCUACGGUCUACACUGUUUGCAUGCAGAAUAAGGCAUUAAUCUAAACUGAGAGACCUUUGUGCUCAUAUAUAAUGCAGGGGUGCUGUGCUAUACGUGAGCAACCUAGCAGCACACGCAGCUUGAGAAAACUAUGGCUACUGAUGACAGCCACUAGGAGGCUACAUGAUCACAUUAGCACAGAAAAUAUUCCCAAGUACUUUGGCGUAAGAUAGGCAUAUGCCUUUCCAGUUUAAAAGCUUAUUUUGGAGCUCCUUGCAAACCGUGUUGAAAUUUAGGUCAGGUUUAGUCUCUGGAAAUGCAAGAUUAAUCCCUUCGCUGUCUUUCACCAGUUCAAUUAUUUAGAUGAAGCCAUUUGAAUGGUUGUUACUAUGUUUCAGCAGGUGGUUUGUUCACAGAGUAACUCUAUAAUGAAAAGGAACUAGUUUUGCAAAAUACAAAAUUUGGGGCCGAUAUACCGUACACACAUUUCUUUUCUGUGCCCCUGCAUAUGCUGCUGUCCUCCAAUCAGAGUGUUUCAGAUUUAACUUCACAGCAAUGAAAUCUGCUACUGAUCAUACAACAGAGGACAGCAUUUCAGUUUGCUUUUCAUAGCCAGCAACAGCCCAUAACAAAUCUCUGUUCGUUUCCCCCCAGGUGGUGGAGGAGGCCAAGCUCUGUUUAUUGACGCUGAUCUGCAUCAUGGGAGAACGGAGCACUGCGAAACAUUUGACAACCCUCCUCUCUGCCAAGAAAACUUCCAGGUGCAGCUUCUAGAAGUCUGGGGCUUUCAAAACUCCUGA